CGCGCCGUGACGCCUAUGUCACCGCUGCCAUGGCUGUGGCUGUGGGCCCUCACCGCGCACGCCGCGCACGCCGCCAACUACUGCAGCAUCUGUCCGGAGCACACCAUGUGCAUCUACAAGAGUUCGGGGGGCCCCGCGUCGCGGUGCCACGGCCUGUUCUCACGCGACUUGACGCCCGACGAGGCGCAGGCCGCGCUGCACACGCACAACGCCGUGCGCAACAAGGUGGCCGCCGGCGAGGAGCGGCGCGGCCGGUUCGGCCAGCCGCAGCCCCCCGCCGCCAACAUGCACCGCCUGCACUGGGAUGAAGAGCUGGCGGCGUUUGCGCGGCGCUGGGCGUCGCAGUGCGUCUUUGACCAGGACACCUGCCGAACCAGCGGUAAGCAUCGAGCCUCCGGGGGAAUCGUCGAACAUUUCAACACUUUCCCGGUCGACUUUUCCUGCCCCUGGCAGCCGACGGUACCCCGGUCGGCCAGAACAUCUACAUGCAGGUGCUGCCCCUCGGCCACGCGCAGCACUCCACCGUCAGCACGGCCAUGGCGGUGCACAAGUGGCUCGACGAGGUCAACGAGCACGACGGCCACCUCAGCAGCGCGCCCUACACGGAUGAUGUGGUCGCGGCCCCAGUCCGGCAACAGUCACCGCGAGUCGCUGAUGAUGAGCGAGUCCCGCCGCCAGGUGUCCGUCACGGCCUGCCCGCUGGAGCGGCUGCGUCUCAUCUGCCUGUCCAGGGGCGCGUCCGGCAUCAUGGGGCUGGGCAGGAUGUUCCGCCUGAUGGACGACGACGGCAGCAAGGCGCUCAACUUCGAGGAGUUCAGCCGCGGCAUGCAGGACGCCGGCCUGGAGCUGGACGCGUCGCACCUGCAGGAGCUGUUCGACAUGUUCGACAAGGACAAGUCGGGCUCCGUCAGCCUCAACGAGUUCCUGCUGCAGAUCCGCCCGCCACUCUCGGAAAACCGGUUGAGCCUCAUCAAGCAGGCGUUCAACAAGAUGGACAAGACGGGCGACGGCGUGGUGACCAUCGACGACCUGCGUAACGUGUACUCCGUCAAGGCCCACCCGCAGUACCAGAGCGGGGAGUUGACGGAGGACCAGAUCCUGGAGAAGUUCCUCAGUAAUUUCGACACUGAGCACGCCUUUGACGGGAAGGUGACAGAAGAGGAAUUUAUCAAUUAUUAUGCAGGGGUUAGUUCUUCAAUUGAUGAGGAUGGAUAUUUUGACCUGAUGAUGCGACAAGCAUGGCGCCUGUAGACCGGCCAGCUUGCCUGAUCUCCACCGCCUUCACCUCACCAUAGGGACGGCUGCACAUAAGCCUUUAGUAACAUUUUAAAGUCUGUUAAUUUGUUUUACAGAAUAGAUGAGAUGUUUGAGGUGUUUUAACUUG